AUGGAGAGCAAGAAGAUGAGGAUGUCGGACGAACAAUUAAUUGCCAAAGAUAUUGACAUACCAAUAGAAUUACUAAGGGACGAGAUAUUGGCAAGGCUACCGGUGAAAACCCAACUACAAAUAAGGUGUGUUUGUAAGCUGUGGUGCUCUGUAAUCGAUUCCCAAGAUUUUAGGCUAAAUCCGAAUAUUCGUAAAACCCCUCAUCUAAUCUACAUUCAUUCGGAAAACAAUGGUUUGACCAGCGAUCAAUGUAUAGUAACUCUUCGAAACGUCGAUACAUUUGAGAUAAUUAAUCAUCUUUGUAAAAUGUAUGGGUCAUAUGAAUUUUAUGGAACAUGUAAUGGGUUAAUGUUAAUGUCUCAGAAGUUGUUUGGGGACAAGAGUAUUUUAAGAGUAUGGAACCCUUCUAUUCAAAAGUCCUUGUUACUCCCCUCGUGUCCUUUGAACUCCGAGCCACAGCAUCGAUUGACAUAUAUGCUGGGAUAUCCUUCUUCUGAUGGAGACAAUAAUUUUAAGGUGGCUGCCUUUAAAUGUCAUCCAGGGAGUUCUCUUCUUGGUGGAAGUUAUGUUUCAAUUGCAAUUUAUUCAUCUCGAGGUCAUAGGUGGAGUUCUGUAAUAAAGAGGAAUGAUGUCCUCUUCCCACCAUCUCUAACCGAUCGUGUAUUCUAUCAAGGGGCUUGGUACUGGAUUACGAAGACUAAUCUUGUCUCCUUUGAUUUUAAUUUGGAGGAUUUUAUCUUCCAAGAGUUGCCUGUGGAGGUCAUGCAAGGAGAAGUCACUAGGUUUAUUUUCCUUCUUUGUGAGAAAUUAGCUAUUUUGAGCGUGUCUUCUAAAUGUUUUUGUGUAUGGGUUAUGGACAAGGAUAGAAGAAAGAUGCCGUCGUGGAGGCCAUGGCUUUCAAGAGAUACCACUCAUGAGGCAUUAGAUAAAAUUUGCGAUUUGCAAUAUAUACAUUCAAGGAUUUUCUAUAAUGAACGGGACAGUGAUACAUUUAUCUUUCAGGACACCAAGAAAGUGUUUUCUUACAAAUUUUCUACCCAGCAAAAACAAAUUUUGAGAUCACCCUAUGAAAGUGAGGUAAUCUUAGAUGCUUAUGCAGAGAGCUUGGUGUUGCACAAGGGAACCGACGGUCAGAUUUUGACAUCAUAUCCUUCCCACGACAAAACAGUUGUGGCCUGGCCAACUUUGGAAGAUCAUUGGUAA